AUUUUAGCUCAAGACAGCCAACGCUAGUUCCAAGCUUUCAUCCCAUAUCGCGCGACGCCGACUGGCGACUGGCUGCUAGGCGUGCGAGCGACGCCGACGGCGAGAGGCGAGAGCAGCUGAGGCGCUGAGCUGACUGCUGACCGGCGAGACGGCAGACGUGAGGAAGCCGACGGGCGACAGACCACGGAGGCACAGAGCACCGGCAUUCCAGAUUUCAAUUUCCGAUUGGGGAUUCCGGAUUCCAGUCAGGGCCUCACUUAUUUACCAGCACAGAGCCACUCAAAUAAAAAAAACCGGCCCUGCCGCUGUUGCUCACACCCCGGUCUUCGCAGCCAUCGGUAUUUCAGAUUUCGACAACAAGUCCAGCAACGACAACAACACCGGUCACCGUUGAUUCCUGCUUGGAGAAGUUGCAAAGGUUGGGUUCUUCUUGUUGGAAUUGAUGUGGAGAACUAAAGGUGGAUUAUCAACAAAGUUACUAAAUAUAAGUGUAGUGUGUUUCUGUAAAGCCAAGCAACUGGAGAAAGCAGAAGCAGUGAUAAUCGAUGGUGUAAAGGUAGGAGUAGAAGCGGACGUGGUGACUUAUAAUACUCUGAUUACAGCAUAUUGUCAAUUUGUUGGGAUUCACGAAGGUUAUUCCGUUCUUCGUAGAAUGAAAGAAGCUGGGGUUAUACCGGAUGUUGUCACGUAUAAUUCUUUGAUAGCUGGUGCGACCAAGCACGGCUUGUUAUCUCGGUGCCUUGAUCUGUUCGAAGAGAUGCUAGAUUUGGGCAUUUUUCCCAAUGUUUGGAGCUACAACACUCUGAUGCAUUGCUUCUUCAAGUCUGGAAAACCAGACGAGGGCUACAGGGUUUUCCGGGACAUUCUUUUACAAGGGAUUCCCCCUUGUCCUACCACGUUUAAUAUCCUAAUCAACGGUCUCUGCAAAAAUGGGUAUACGGAGAAUGCUAUGAUGCUAUUUAGGUACUUAAAGCGUCAUGCUUUUGCUCCUCAGUUGGUAACAUACAAUAUUCUCAUCCACGGGCUUUGCAAGUCGGGGCGGCCAGCACCUGCAAGAAGGCUUCUGAAAGAGCUCGUGGAAAAAGGUCAUAUCCCGGACACUGUAACGUAUACUACAGUGAUGAAAUGCUGCUUUAGUUUAAGACGUUUCGAAGAAGGGCUUCAAGUCCUGGCGGAUAUGAGAAGCAAAGGGUAUAUAUUUGAUUCUCACGCGUACUGUACAGUCAUUAGUUGUUUACUUAAGGCAGGUAGGACGAAGGACGCUCAUCAGUGUCUGGAGAAUAUGAUCAUGAAUGGCGUUAACCUUGACAUAGUGGCGUACAACACCCUUAUUAAUCUAUACUGCAAGAACAGGAAGCUAGAAUACGCCUACUUUUUGGUGGAAGAUGCCGAGAAAAGAGGGUUGGUUCACGACGUAUACACACAUACUAUCUUAAUCGAUGGCCUAUGCAAGACCGGAGAUAUAAAAGGGGCGGAACACCACUUGGAGUGCAUGAACAAGAUGGGUUUUGUACCGAAUUUGGUUGCUUUCAACUGCUUUAUCAAUGGGUUGUGUAAAGCUGGCCAAAUCGACCAUGCAUUGCACGUGUUUAAAUGGAUGGAUGAGAAGGAUUGUUUUACCUAUUCAUCAAUGGUGCACGGUCUUUGUAGGACCGGGAGAUUUCGCGAAGCAUCUAAGCUAUUGCUUUCGUGUAUUAGAGGUGGUAUGAAAAUUCUGAAGUCGGAUAAAGAAGCAGUCAUCAAUGGUCUUCGUCGUUCUGGCUUCUUGAAUGAAGCCCGAAAACUGCAGUCAAGAAUCCGUGUAGCAAAGCUAUUGCAUUACCAUUGAGUUGAUAGUGUCUACUACUUGACAUUUCAUGUAAAGCAUAGGCAAAAAUAUGAUUUUUUUUUGGCAUCAUAAUUUCGAUUAAUUCGCGGGAAAAAUAUUAUUGCAACUUUGCAAGCCAAUAAAGGCACAACAAAGCAAGCACAUGUUAUGUUGGUGAGUAGGAA